GUGGAAAUUCCAACAAUGAAAGCUGCUGUGCAGGAUGCAGGGUCCCACGAGAGUUGGGGAUCAAACUCAGGACCUUGUACUUUCCAGGCUCCAGCUGCCAAGAUACAUCCCCAGCCCAUACAUCUAAUCAGUUUUAAAGAAAUCAGCUCUCAUUUGUUAAAUUUCUCUAACCUUUUACUGGAGGGUAUUUUGCAGCGUCUGGACCAAGGGGAGGUGGUGAUUGGGGACAGCAGCUUCCUCAUCACUCUGGAGAAGAGAGGCUACGUGAAGGCUGGGCUCUGGACUCCGGAAGCUGUGGUAGAGCAUCCAGACGCAGUUCGUCAGCUCCACAUGGAAUUCUUGAGGGCGGGGUCAAAUGUCAUGCAGACAUUCACCUUUUCUGCCAGUGAGGACAACAUGGACAGCAAGUGGGAAGAGGUAAAUGCUGCUGCUUGUGAUCUGGCCAGGGAAGUGGCUGGCAAAGGUGAUGCUUUGGUAGCAGGGGGAGUCUGCCAGUCAUCGAUGUACAAGUACCACAGGGAUGAAGCUAGAAUUAAAAAACUUUUCCGACUACAGCUAGAGGUUUUCGCCAGGAAAAACGUGGACUUCCUGAUCGCGGAGUAUUUUGAGCACGUGGAAGAAGCUGUGUGGGCUGUGGAAGUCCUAAAAGAACUGAGCAAGCCGGUGGCCGUGACCAUGUGCAUCGGCCCAGAAGGAGACAUGCAUGGGGUGACACCCGGAGGGUGUGCUGUGCAGCUGGCAAAAGCAGGGGCUGACAUCAUUGGUGUGAACUGCAGAUUUGGGCCCAGAACCAGCUUGCAGACGCUGCUCCUCAUGAAGCAGGGCCUGAGGGCAGCGGGGCUGAGCCCCCACCUGAUGGUACAGCCCCUGGGCUUCCACACGCCCGACUGUGGCAAAGGGGGCUUCGUGGACCUCCCAGAAUAUCCCUUUGGACUGGAGCCCAGAGUAGCAACCAGAUGGGAUAUUCAAAAAUAUGCCAGAGAGGCCUACAACCUAGGGGUCCGGUACAUCGGCGGGUGCUGUGGGUUCGAGCCCUAUCACAUCAGGGCGAUUUCGGAGGAGCUGGCGCCAGAAAGGGGAUUUUUGCCACCUGCUUCAGAAAAACAUGAAAGCUGGGGAAGUGCUCUCAAUAUGCACACCAAACCCUGGAUUAGAGCAAGGGCUAGAAGGGAAUAUUGGGAGAAUCUGCUGCCAGCUUCGGGCAGACCUUUCUGUCCUUCACUAUCAAGGCCAGAUGUCUAAGGAGCAGCAAAAGAAAAUACUGAAAUAGCAGAACUUCACAGUCCCUAAGCCUCAUGUGGAGCCGGUCCUCAUCUUUGUCUUCAUCUCAGCCCUGAGCGGCCAGGGUCUGAAUCCUUGACUCCUCCUGGGCUUGUGCUAAUAGAUGGGCAGCGCAGGAUGUAGCAGGAGAGGCAGAGGACUGAGCCCCUUGUCCCCAAGUACUCAUGAUCACCAGUGCUCUGCUGUGUUCUUCUGAAGACCAUCAAGAACAACCAGGCUUGACAUUUUAAAAUAAUCAGAAGCCCCAGAAAGCGAGCGUAGUGAUAACUCAGGUGCCUAAGCUAGGUGCUUGGGAAGAGGGGCGACACUCAAAAGAAAACAGUGGGUUGCAUCCUUCACUGAUUUGUGUAAGCGCUUCAAGGCAGCCCUGAAAGAAAGAGUGCGAAACACAUUUUGAGCAACCAUGGCAUUAUUGACAUCAGGGUAUAACCUCCCAAAGUGAGUACUUUCACAGAUAAUUUCUACUUUAAGGUACUGUUAGUUCCUUAUUUUUAAAUUGUGUCUAGAUAAUCACAAAUAACUAGAUUUUAAACCAUCUAAGGAAAGGACCAUGUUCUGUGCUUCUUCUGUUUCUCUUUAUUUGGCAUUAGGUUAGACAUAAUCACAGACACUCAAUGAAAUAUGUUGAUUAUGUAAAAUAAAUAAAAAUAAAAGUUUUAGAAGAUUUUUUUUAAAAGUCAGAGUUCAAAUGCAUCUUGGUCUUGAUACUUUCUUGCCUUAGGUUUGUGUUCAGUACCAUGUGCCCAUUUCUCUUUUGUUAACAAAAAUGGAUCAGCUUGUGAUAAUUAAUAAAAUUAAAAAUAAUUUACCUUU